CCGGGGGCUUUGUAAGACUGAGGUCAUAGGUCACAAAACAAAAUGGCGCUGCCGAAGCGAAGAAAGAUGUAAGCCUUGAAGUGGCAUAUUAGAAGACGAAACAGGUUUAUCCACUUUAUGAUGGGUUCUUCCAGGAAUGGUUAGGGCAGUUCAGAUGUAAAUGGGAACACAUGCUGAUUAAAAUUUUGAUGGUACAAGCUAAGGUUCAUUGAUUUUAUAACACAAGCGUGAAGACACAUUAUAUAUAUAUAUAUAUAAUAACUUAUAUUUGGAUUAAACUGGAAAUUACAUUUGAUAAUCUACGCAUAAGAAUCAAGGAUAUUAGAAGAUGAAAAUGAAUAGGUCAAUGGAUACCUAAUGGAAAAUUAAGUGAUUACAUCAUAUUAUAUCAAUUAAGAUUAUCAAGAUGGGUACUGUUGCGGACCCCAGGAAGGACGUCCUUACCGCAAGUAGGUUUCGUAGUGGAAGCUUGCAGCGACAAAAAUCAUCUGAAGAAAUGCCGCCAUCACUUAAACCUAGAAGCAGAGAUAACGAUUCGCCUCCAAGGCAAAGACAACCAGCUGAGAACACAACAAAAACUUCAAAUUCACACCUUGGAUUAUUUGGGUCUAACGUGAGUAAAAUGAAGGAACUGUUCCAAGUUAAUAAGCCCCAUGAUAAACAAGAAAUACAUCAUCGAGCACAAGAAGUAGAGAAAUCUCCAGAAAUAAAACGUAAGAAAACUGAAGCUGUUACAAGGACCAAAAACACUCCGGUACCUCAAUCUGAUCAUGGUCUCUUAGAUGCUACAAAUCAUGUUCAAAGGUUUUUACAUACUCGAGCAUUAUUUGCAAGGCUUGAGGGAACAUCCAAUCACCCUCAUUCAACUGACCAAGCUCAUUUAUCAGAGAAAGGGGAGGCAACUCCUUCACCUGUUUUAUCACCAAACACUAGUACACCUACGAGUCCGACAGCAGGUAAACAUUCAGAUGAUCACUUUACUCAUCGUCACAACAUUGAAUCAACACGUAAUAGACAUGAGGGGAGUAACGAUAUGUCACAUGUGCCAAAAGGGUCGGCUUCUGAUCAAAGACCUUCAAGUCUUAACAUUGGUGGCAGAACAAAUGUAAAUUCUUCUUACAGUGGGUUGUUAUGGAAACGGCGACAAACUGACGGUAGAUUAGGCAGUAAUUCAUCUGGAAACAAAAAAGACACAGAGGAAAACAUGGAUGUCGAUGAAGCGACCGAUGUUCAAACAGAAAAUAAUAAAUAUGACCUUAGUGUGACAUCAGGUUAUAGGUCAAGGUCAGCUGAUAGCAACAAAAGAGCAUUUCAGUGUGAUAGAAUACGUUCAGUGUCAAGUGACAAAGGUCAGAGUGUAUCUCAUUCUCAGAACCCAAAAACAUCUCACUCAUCUUCAACAGAAGACACUUCUGGAGUAGUAAUGCGUCGCAAUAGAGAUAAUGAUACUGGGGGCCGUUUGACGAAACAGGAAAUUCAGGCAGCUUUGGUCAAGGCUGAUAAUUACCUGUCUCAUGUCAAUGUUGGAUCAGACUUUCAGUCAAAAAGGCGAUCAUGGGAAAUAAGGGAACAAAUGUCUGAGUCUACUGAUUCUCGACAUAGUAGUGGACUUACACAGUUAAGUCAGCGUAAUCGCUCACGUUCCGCUGACACACUGGAUAAUGAUGAAGCUGCUGAACCAAACAAGAGUCGUACUUAUUAUAGUGAUAAAUAUAGGAUCAGAGCUGGUAGGAGGAGUUAUGAUAAUGAUUCAGACUCUACUUCCUCUAAUACGGUUGACAAAAAAUCAGAACAUUCAAAUUCUAAAGUAAGUGAUGUAAGUUCAAAACCACGGACUAUUGAAAAGCCAGAAGUGCCUGUGUCUAAAUCAAAUGUGCCAUUAAAACCCCCUGUCCCUUCAAAACCAACAACACCGACACGUCCAGCUAACACAUCUCGACCCGUUCCUUCUCCAAGGAGACCGAGCCCAGCUAUUCCACAAAAUGAUCAUGAUGAACUGUCAAACAGAAAUGUAAUUGAAGAAAACUUUAGUAAAAGUGCUGAUUCUCUGUUAAAUUCUGGUGUACCGACGGUAUCUGUUAUAGAACCUCAAUUUGAGCCUUCUGUGUUUUCAACUCCGGAUGCUGAAUCUGUCAUUCAAAAGCCAACCACACCUAGCAGUGUUCAGAUUGAAGUGGUUAGUUCACUUCUGACUGAGGAUCUUAGACCAGACACACCACAAUCAACAUCAAGCAUGACAUCAUCGCCAAGAGACAGUCCGCCACCACCACCAUUAUCACCACCACCCCCGCUACCGCAAACGUCACAGCCGAUUAAUGAAUUUGACAAGGACCAUGUGUCUGCAGUAAUGGCCUCUCCUCAUAAUGUGUCAGAAGACAGACCACCACCACCGCCCUAUCCAGAAGAGGAUCGAGAGCCUCCUCCCCCAUAUUGUGUAUCCGGCCACCAACGAGUGGAUGAACCUCCAUCACCUGCUCCUCAGCCUGGUGUGGAAGAGAUCACCCACCGUUCAUAUGACAGCAAUACAUAUGGGGUACAGAUGAGAACAAAGUUUGGUGCUGACAUUUCCCCAUCCACCGAGGACUGUGAUCCGGACCCCCCAUCACCAACAGCCCAAUUAGUUAAUCAGAUGUCAGCAGAACAACAGGGCUCAGUACGCAAGCCAAGAGAUUUAUACAGAAGUCGAGCUGCUGUUUAUGUAGAAGAUAAAGUUAAGGAGGAAACCAGUCCUGUUCUGACAGAAGAGAUCCCACCAAGAGAAGCAGGAGAUGGACAUGAGGAACCAGACACUGUACUCAACGAUACAACAGAUAUAGCAGAUUAUGAUAAAGAUGAAAUAAUAGAUUAUUUAGAAAUAUCUGGUAUUAGUAGCAGUGAUGAUUCAGAUUUGGAGGAUUGCUUCUUCCAUCCAGCCACUAGAAUCAAAUUUAGUAAACAACCCAUUAGGGUAUUUCCAACGUUUUCCACAGAGGAAUACGACAGGAGAAACGAAGAUGUAGAUCCUGUGGCAGCUUCUGCGGAAUAUGAACUGGAAAAGAGGGUGGAAAAGAUGGAUGUAUUCCCUGUUGACCUUAUGAAGGGUCCAGAGGGCCUUGGCCUUAGUAUUAUUGGAAUGGGAGUUGGAGCUGAUUCUGGUGUAGAAAAAUUAGGGAUUUUCAUUAAAACCUUAACAGAAGGAGGGGCAGCACAAAAGGAUGGAAGGAUCCAGGUUAAUGAUCAGAUAAUUGAAGUGGAUGGUAAAAGUUUGGUGGGUGUUACACAGGCUUAUGCUGCUUCUGUACUCAGAAAUACAACAGGGACAGUCAAGUUUAUGAUUGGUCGUGAUAAAGACCCGAGUAAAAGUGAAGUAGCUCGUCUCAUACAACAGUCACUGGAACAGGAUCGUCGUAGAGAAGAAAUGAAGAGACUUGAACAUGACAGAUUAGUACAGCUACAAGAUAGUAUAACACCUAGAGAUGCUGUGAUGGAACGGGACCAUCAACGUCACAUGUCUGAGUCAGGUAGAGAGUUGGACGAUGAUGACGAAGAUGAAGAGGAGGUAGAAGAUGAUUCGGAUGAAUGUUCUGGAGAUUACCAACUAGAAAUCACAAAUCACAAUGAAGAAUAUGACGAUGAGGAUGAAGAGGAAGAAAUGGUACAGCAAGAGGAGGAUGUUUCCAGCACCAUGGAAACCACAGAGGAAAUAGCUGCAGGGGAGGCAACUCCAAUGUCAAUACCUUCCAGUAAUGAUAACAGUGUAGGGUCACCGGACGAGGACAGGAAACCAGUGGUAGAAGUAUUUGACCUUGCAGAAAGCAGCAGUGAAGAUGUAUCACCUGAUAUGGAAUCUCAGGCUAUGUUCGUUAAAUUAAAAGAGGCCCAGUAUAAGAAUGCUGUAAAUGAAGCAGAAAUAGCCAAAUUGAAGGCCAAGUUAAUACAGUUAGAGAGUGUACAGAAUGAGAAGAAGGAGUACCAGAAGAAAUCAGAAGACAUGGCCUACAGAUUACGGGAACUAGAGAAAAAGAUGUUGGCCAAUAGAAAGGAGAUCAAUCAGUAUCAGGAUUUAUUAGAGGGAUCACAAGGCCAGUACAUUGCGUUAGAGAAGAAAAUGAAGGGUGACUUUACAGCCCUAGAAAAGAAAUAUCAUAAAGCUAAGAAGCUAAUAAAAGAAUAUCAAUCCAGAGAGAAAGAUUUCCUGCAGGAAAGAGAAUCUUUACUUCAGCAACAGGGGGAAAAAGAUCAGCAAUAUAAUUCUCUAGUCAAGUCACUCAAAGAUAGGAUCUUUCAGUUGGAGAGUGAAUUAGGUGAAGCACAGAAAGCAGCAGGGUUACCUGUCUUAAUUCCUGAUGCCUCACAAAGGGUACCAGAUAUCAUAUCAAAGGAAUCCAGUGUUAAAGUUCAGUCUUCCUUAGAUAAAGUGCUAACACAAAGUCAGAUAUCUGAUGCUGUUUCUAUAUCGUCUGGGUCUGAUGAUUCUCCAGGGGAUACUGUAGUUAGUCAGAGUUUGAACACCAGUACCAUAUCUGAUAUUGACAACCAACUGUCUGAAUCAUUUAAUGAGGUGCUCUCUGAUGCAAGACUACUAGACACAUCAGUCAGUAAAUCUAAAGGUCAACUGGCUAGUUCUGGGGCCAUGGCCAGCCGACGCCCACCUUCAAAGAGAAAUAAGUCUCUUGAUGAAGAAAAAGGAGGUGAGAUAAAGUCGGAAACACAAAGUGGUUUGGAAUCAUGGAUGAAACAUGAAGGAGACAGUACUGUGAAGAAAAGUGAUGCAAAGAAGAGAAAAGCUCAGUUGCAGGAGAGAAUGAUUACAGAACCUGUCGAGGGACCUCCCUCUAUCCCUCCACCACCUCCCCCACCCCUCGGGGCAGACACAGAUUCACAAUCAAGUUCCAGGAGGGACAGCACAUCAGAACAAUCAGAAACAGCAUCAACAGUAUCACAGACUUCAUACGAUCCAACAAAUCCUAACUUUAGAAAUAUGGAAUCAGAAAUACCUGACACUGUCUCAAUAGAUACCACUGGAUCCUCAGAUGGCGCUAGUAGUAGUUCUAAAUCAAAGUCUUCAUCGGGUAAAGGAAUUGGAUUGCCAAAGUUUCUUAAAUUUGGCAAAAGCAGCUCAUCAGACAACAGCGGAGGUGGAAUUGUAUUGUUAUCAAAUAAAAACCUAAAUGGAGAUGGAGGUGGUUCAGGAAUUAAACUUAUUUCCAAACGUCCAUUAGAGGCUACAUACUCAUCUGACUCAUUGGAUGGUUUAGAUGAUAAUGAAGAUAUAUCGUCAGCGUACAUGGUACAGGAAAUUGACGAUGAGGAUGGAAAAAAGACGAUAUUUUCUUUGAAUAUCUCAGGAACUCCUGCUGCAGAGGAUAAAUCUACAACCCCAAGUCGGCGGAAUAACAAUCAAAUAGAAUCUUGUCCAAUCUCUGAGUGGAGGAUGGAACAUGUCAGACACUGGCUAGUGGCCCUGGAACAGGAGAAAUAUAUUCCUCUCUUUUCUGAGAAAAAUAUAACUGGACCUCAACUUGUAUUAUUAGAUGGGACCAAGUUAAAGACGAUGGGUAUCACAGUGAGUAAGGACAGAGAAUUGUUUAAGAAGAAAAUCAAAGAACUUAAAAUGGCAUUAGAUAGAGAGAAGAAACAACUAGAAAAAGAAAGAAAGAUAAAAGAAAAAGAACAAAAGAAACAAAGGAAGAAAUAAUGAUAAUUAUA